AUGGCAUGGGGCUUCCUACGUUGGUCCGCCAGGAAGAAGCAGCAGCACCACGCCGACCACGCCGACCACUCCUCCCCAACGCAGCAGCCCUCCAUCCCCCGCGCCGUCACCAACCCAGAGAGCACAGCCAGAAACCACGACGCGACGGCCACGACGACGCCCAUGUACUCAUAUUACGCCACGACCAGUAGUGAUCAUCACCACGGGCGCCGGCGCGGCGGCAGCAACAACGACAUGUUUGGAUGGCCGCGCCCCGGCCCGUCGCCCUGGCACGUCUUGUUCUGCCGCAUCCUCGCGCACGUGCGAAGCUGCGCCGUGGUCGUGCCCGUCGCGGCGGGGGCGUGUUUUGUCGUGGAGCGGAGAGACGUUGUCGAGCAUCAUGCUUGGCCUGGGUUGGAGAUUUACGAAGCUGGUUUCGCGAUCCCGCUGACGAUCCUCUUCCUCGGCGCCGUCGCCUGGACGCUGAUGUUGCGCAGUGCCGGCGCGGCUCCUCCGGGUCGCGGCUGCGACGGGCUGCCCGGCGUUGCACACGUUGUCCUCGCCCUCGCCCUCGGCGGCUGGGUGGUGUCGAUUGCGGUGCGGUGCUUGUCGAGGGUCUCUCGAGAUCGUGGCCAGCAUCAUCAGCUGUUUUGGAGACUCGUCGCUGCCACGGGCAGGGUCGCGACGCUGCACGAGGCGUUUUGGGUCACGUACGUCUACGGCUGGGCAUGGCGAUAUGGCAUCCCCGUACAGGACAUGUAUCGCGACAAGGGCGGGGGGCAGCUAUAA